GGAAUGUGUGUGAUGGAAAACAUGACUGCUCUGCUGCCUAAGAAGGAUGCUAAACAGACAGGCAGAGGUCGUGAUGCUGUCUGGUGAAUAUGAAAUUGAUUUCUGCUGACAGAUCAUACGUUCAACAUUGCAAAAAGCCAGAAACAAAUUACAAAAUGUUACAUUUUGAUCAGAUUAGAAUUUGUUAGCAUUUUCCCAAAGAAAAGAAAAAUCACAAAUACAUCUCAUCUCUUUUAAUGUCUUGGUAGAUUCACCUGCUCUGCAAUGGAGAUUAAAUGAGGAGAAAACAGAGGAGUCUCCUGCUUCUCAGAUGUUUAACCUCAAUGUUUCACAUGUGUGUCCUCUAGAGUUUCAGAAAAAGUCUCAUCAAUGUCUCAAACGGUGCUCGGAUGAACAUUUCUCAUUAAAUUCUUCCUAGAGCAACUGAUCUACAUUCAGUUUAUAGCUCUAUACUCUUACUGUACUGUAUUUCUGUCUGUUUUUAAUUCUCCUGUGGAAUGUUAUGGAGAAAGUGAUACUUAGGAGUAAGUGAUGUUAGCUGAUACUUAAUUAAUUUUGUCUUCUUAGUUACAAUAUGAAAGAACAGCCCCUGUGCAAUAGAAUUGUUGAGCCAUUUCCAGUGCAACAAUAUCAUGCUUCUGAAAUAUUAACACAUUCAGGUACCUAUUUACAUGGUACUCCAAAGUACUUCAAAGAACAUGUCCAAAAAAAAAAAAUAAAAAAUAAUACUAUUGCACUUUUAACAUUUCACAUUUUUUGAAUAUAAAACAAAUCUAGGGCUCUGCAUCAGAAUGCAUUUGAUCUUGUUCAAACAUCAAAGACACUAAUUUUCAUAAACAAUCUGAUCACCCCCAAAACAGUAAUACUGUGGUUGUUUUGAAACUUUUUUUUUGUUUGUGCUUUAUCCUUGUUUAUUGUUUAAAAAUUUAAUACAAAUCUAGAAUGUAUUUAAUCUAAUUUAAACAUCAAAGGCCCUUUGUAACUAAUUAACAUAAACAAUCUGAUCACUUUGUUAUUUACACUUUACCCUUGUUUCUUGUGAGAUUUUUCAAUAAUUAAAAGUGUGAAAACUAGAUGUAGAACUGGUCAUCAGAAUGCAAACCUCAAAGGCACUUCCAAAGGAUGUUGCAUAACAAUCCACUCACCCCCGACCACAUCAGUCAUGCUUUUAUCUCCACCAAUGAACUCACAGGUGUCAAUCUUCACUCGUCUGAUUGUGAUUAGGGAGCUGUUUUAAAAAGCUCUGGCCUUGGAUUGAGUUCUGUUUGACUGUGUGCUUCCUUCCUUGAAGAUGGCCUGUGUGCUUCUCAAUGCCUCAGUUUUAACUUUAAUUCUCUGUAUUCCAACUUUUAUAAACACAGAAAAUGUGAAUGUGCAAGAGAAGAUGUUUUUAAGUUCAAUGGGUCUCUCGAGUCGACCGAAACCUUCACACCCCACUCCAGUGCCCUCUUUGCUGUGGAAGAUGUUCAAGAAGGGCACCAAACAGACUUCAACAUCUGAGACUGAUCCAUGUGUGGUGUCAGAGUAUAGAGUCAGAGGAAACAUCGUCAGGUUCAUCCAGGAUCAAGGUCGUGUGAUAUCUGCACCGGCCGUUCACUGCUUUAAUUGUGUGAGAAAGCAUCUGUUUUUCAACAUGUCAGUGCUGGAGGAUGUUGAGCAACUCUCGUAUGCGCAGCUGGAAGUGAAGUUUAAAUGUGAUCUCGCUCACCUGGGAUGGCAUGUCUUCAGUAUGGACCUGUACAAGGUUUUAAGGACCACACUAAAAGGAGUGACUCACGAAUCCAGCCGUAAAUUACUGCUCUCUCAGUCGCUCGCGUAUGGCACGUACAACUCUCUGCAGUUUAAUUUGACUGAGUUAGCCGAAUCCUGGAGAAAACCGGGCAAGAACUACGGGAUGCAACUUGAGUUGCGGCUCACAGACUUGAGCAACAUGCUUGAAGAACAUGCAUAUGAUAUGAAGAGCACGCAGUCAGGUGUUCAUAUUGCACAAGUCCCUGAGUUCUGCUCGUCCCUGGUGGUGGUGUCGUUGAAUCAACUCCAAUGUAGAUCCAGAAGAAAGCGAAGUGCCUCUUAUUACUUGCCGGUGACGCCUAGUAACGUGUGCAAACCCAGAAGGCUUUACAUUGACUUUAAAGACGUUGGAUGGCAGGACUGGAUUAUUGCACCUCAGGGCUAUUUGGCCAAUUAUUGUCAUGGAGAAUGUCCUUUUCCUUUGAGUGAGAGUUUGAAUGGAACCAACCAUGCCAUCCUGCAGACUCUGGUUCAUUCAUUUGAUCCAAAAGGAACACCUCAGCCCUGCUGUGUUCCUAUCAAAUUAUCGCCUAUUUCUAUGCUGUAUUAUGAUAAUAAUGAUAAUGUAGUUCUGAGACAUUAUGAAGACAUGGUUGUGGAUGAGUGUGGAUGCAGAUGAACUCUGCUCUUAGAUAAAUGUAUUGAAAUUUCUUGAUUUUUAAAUGCAAAAAAAUGCACAUCUUUCAUAAACCUAGAUUAAAAUGGUUUUGGACAUCAAUUUGCUCAAAAUGCCCCCACCCCAAUUUUAUAAUGUUAAAAUGCAUUCUUUUUUUAAAUGUUUGAUUAGACUUAAAACCAGUUACAAAACGUAGACAUUGAGGAUAAAUGAAUGUGGAUGCAAGUUUGUUAAAUUUUAUUUAUUUAUUUUUUUUAACCAGGAUGCACAUUUACCUCCCAAGUAGUUACACAACUUUAAUAGGGGAGACUGGGGGUAGUUGUCACGAGGGCUACAUCUCUGUAACCCUUGUAAUGUUCUGAGUCAAAUGUCUAAUAACACAAAUGCUUGUCUCUGGCAGUGAUUUUGAAGGUUUGUUACAAGCACCAAGUUCCAAACUGUCUUUAAUUGGAUUAAAUUGCAUUGUUCUUGUAACUAAUUUUGCUAUAGCUGUUUGUUAAACAAGUAAAUGCAAUAAAAUCACACUGGCAUA